AUGAAGCGCUCACGAGAGCCUUCAGAAUAUCUAGACUCCAAUUUCCAAAACCAGGAUACUCCAGACUGGGUUGAGUUUCGAGACGCAGCCUUACCCGCGGCCAAGAUACCACAACUUGACAUUGCAAUCCAAGACGAAGACGACGCCGACGCCGACGCCAACACCGACGGCACACCCACAAUGAAAUGUUCGCUGCCUCCUCAUAUGGAACCAAUCACUUUCAGGUCCUAUCAGGAAUACGAAUCACACUACAACAUAUUUCACACAAAUCGAUGUCUCGAAUGCCGCAAGAACUUUCCCUCAGAACACCUACUGGGCGUACACCUUGAGGAGUAUCACGAUCCUCUUGUGAGGGUUCGAAGAGACAGGGGUGAACACACUUUCUCCUGCUUCGUUGAGGGAUGUGAGCGCAAAUGUCUUACCCAUCAAAAACGCAGGCUACACAUGAUUGACAAGCACAUGUAUCCGAAAAAUUUCUUCUUUGGUGUCACAAAGGAAGGUAUUGACGGAAGACGUUCACUGCUGGUCGAAGGUGACCACCGUCGGCGGAGAUCAUCAACAGCCUCAAUAGCACAUGAAGCACGUCGCAGAGCAGGCACACUAAAAGAACAAGACGCCGGGUCAAAGGACGAUGUCAAACACAUGAAACUGCUUUCCUCAGAUCACGUCAAGGAAACGACGUCCAAGAGGGAAAAUGUGGAUGCAGACAUGGCAGAUCUUACGGAGACCAUGUCAGCGCUACAAUUUGUCCCUCACAGUAUCCGGUUCGGCCGUGGCGGCCGAGCGGGUUUCUCAAAAUCAUGA